AUGCCAAUUUAUUUCCCCAUCUUAUGCUUUUCAUGCUAAUUUUUUUGCCCAAAACCUCUGUAAAUCCCUCUCGCUAAGUUGCUCUCUCUCUCUCUCUCUCUAAUAUUAUUACUUCUCUCUCAUCCUUGUUCUUUCUUUAACUGAAAUUUCUUUCGCCGCCGCAAAGACCAGUAUGUUUUUCUCUCUCUGUAAUCCUUUUUCACUUUCCUUCCUCAACUGAAAAGCUUUCUUAUGCCGUUGCCAACAAAUUGUUUUCUCUAUGUGCCUGCAAUUGUGUUCUCUCUCUGAAAUCUUUCUCUCUCAACUGAAAAGCUCUCUUAUGCAACUAUCGACAAAUAAUUUCUCUCUCUCUCUAUGGUCCUUUUUACUCCCAUUCCUCAAUAGAGAAGCUCUCUGAUGCAACCAUCCAUAGAUUGUUUUCCCUCUAGAGUUAUUUUCUUCGUUCUACCUUAACUGAAAAGUCUUCCUCUGCUCAUUUCCUCAACUGAAAAGCUCUCAGGCGCAAUCCACAAGAGAAACAAUGAAAAAUUGGAACUGAGGCAACCUUGGGCGCAACCCAAGUUAGAGAAAAAUGGCCAUAAGUUUGAGAGUAUUUGCAGGAGAACCAAGUUCGAAUCUGAGGAGCAUUCCCUUAUGGGAUGUGCCCAGGUCUAAUUUCAGGGGUUGCCGAAUUCUUCAGCCUAAGUUGAGAUUUAAGGUUGUUGGAAAAUCACUGGGUGAUCGAUGGAAGAUCACUGACAUUGAUGGAGACAUGGUACGUUCAUGGCUUUUGAAAACCCAGCACUAUUUGAAUGAAGUAGCUGCUCCACUUGUGAACACUGGGCAAAACAAAAAGACUGAAGUUGAAAAUACACAAGAAAACAUUGACCUGGAGGACUUUUUCAUGGCAGAACAAACCAUUGAUAGUAGAACUCCAAAUGGAAAUCUUUCUUUUGCUGCGAUUGUUUCAAUAGAACAAAUCAGCAGGAUGAAUGGCUUAACUGGGAGAAAAAUGCAGAAAAUAUUUGAAUCGCUUGCACCUGAAUCCAUCCGUAAUGAUGCUCGUAAUUUAGUGGAAUACUGCUGCUUUAGGUACUUGUCAAGGGAUAAUUCUGUUCUCCAUCCAUGCUUGAAGGAUGCUGCAUUUCAGAGGCUUAUGUUUAUAACUAUGCUUGCAUGGGAACACCCUUAUAGGUCAGAUGGUGAACCUACUGCCAGUUCUUCAAUGACUAGUUCAAUACAGCUUGUUGGCGAAGAAGCUUUUGUUCGUAUUGCUCCCGCAAUAUCAGGAGUAGCUGAUUGGUCUACAGCACAUCAUCUAUUCAACGCUCUUGUAGGAGAUGAAUCUGUCCUCUCACUGAGCGUGUGGAGCUCAUUCCUCUCUGAGCUUGUCAGGGUAUACAAGGGAAGGGAAUCCUACCAGAAUCAGGAGAAUGUCAAGGAAAAGCUUUCUCGUGAAGCAGUUCUAUGCUUAGGUUCUAGUAGAAAGAGGCCCGUUUUAAAAUGGGAGAAUAACAUAGUAUGGCCUGGAAAGCUAACUUUAACCGAUCGUGCUCUGUAUUUUGAGGCAAUUGGCAUUACAGGACAUGGAGAACCUAUAAGAUUGGAUCUUACAGGAUCUAUGGCACAUGUUGAGAAAAGCAAAGUUGGACCUCUGGGCUCUGCACUUUUUGACUCUGCUAUCUCUGUUUCAUCUGGCUCUGAAUCCCAAACCUGGGUUCUCGAAUUUGUUGAUUUUGCUGGAGAAAUGAGACGGGAUGUUUGGUAUGCAUUUGUUAGUGAAAUCAUAUCUUUACACAAGUUUAUCCAUGAAUAUGGACCUGAGGAUAAUGACCCAUCACUCCAACAUGUAUAUGGUGCUCACAAAGGGAAGUCAAAAGCAAUUAGAAGUGCAGCAAACAGCAUUGCAAGGCUGCAAUCCCUUCAAUUUAUUCGGAGAUUGUAUAAGGAUCCAGCAAACCUUGUGCAAUUCUCUUAUUUGAAGGAUGCUCCAGAUGGGUUUAUUGUUUACCAAACUUUGGCUCUCAAUUUCUGGGCUGGCCCCUUGGUUACAAAAUUUAGGGGGAAGGACCAUCAAUUCACUGUUGGAAUGAGACAAUCUGAAGAUCUUCCAGGCACUAGUCAACAUGUGUUUGAUAUAGAUGGGGGCAUUUACUUGAGGAAGUGGAUGAGAUCUCCUUCUUGGGCUUUUAGUGAAUCCAUUGCCUUUUGGAAGAAUUGCUCGGUGAAGCAAGGGGUGGCUCUAGGGAAAAAUCUUGUAGUGGCUGAUAGAAAUCUGGUGGAAAGGGCUGCUUUAAAUUGUAAGGAGAAAAGCAGAGAGGUGGAGAAGACACAGGCCACAAUAGAUGCUGCAAUGAUCAAAGGAAUUCCCAGUAAUGUUGACCUCUUCAAGGAACUUAUACUUCCUUUCACAAUUUUAGGUGAAAGUUUUGAAAAGCUUAGGUGCUGGGAGGAGCCACUCUCAACUAUAUCUUUCCUUGCAUUUUUCUACACUCUUAUAUUCAGGAACUUGCUUGCAUAUGUGUUCCCUAUUACUCUGAUGAUUUUAGCAACCACCAUGCUCUUAUUUAAAGGGCUCAGAGCACAAGGUCGUCUAGGACGAUCCUUUGGUCAGGUCACUAUACGUGAUCAGCCACCUUCGAACACAAUCCAGAAAAUCAUUGCGAUAAAAGAGGCCAUCGCUGACCUAGAAAGUUAUCUCCAAAAAAUGAAUGUUUCACUUUUGAAGAUUCGCACAAUUAUUGUAUCAGGUCAACCUCAGGUGACAACUGAAGUUGCUCUGGUACUCUGUGGUGCUGCAACCAUUCUCCUCAUGUUCCCCUUCAGAUACGUGCUCGCAUUUCUCAUUCUUGAUAUCUUCACUCGAGAGCUUGAUUUUCGUAAGGAAAUGGUCAUGAGGUUCAGGAAAUUCUUGAAGGAUCGUUGGGCCACUAUACCUGCCACCCCUGUGGUUGUAUUACCUUACGAAAGUGGUAAAGAAUUGAACACCAAAGCUUCUGCCCAGGAUGACAGUCGGAUUGACGUAGGUCUCUCAAAUGAUAAGAAUAAUGAGAAUGUUAGAACUAGAUUGAAUUGAAAUUCUUUCAUGUGAUCUUUAAACAUGUACAUAGUGAAAUAUAUGAAAUGGAAGCAAUUUUAAUCAAUAAAACAAUCUCGG